CCUCUAUCUUUCUGUAAAUCAUUCGCAUCCUCUCUCUCUGCAAUCAUCACCCAUCAUUCAUUACACUGUGUUUUUUUGAGUCUCUUGUUCCACCCCCCAUAAACAAAUCCACCCUCUCUCUCUAUGUCCCAAGGAAAUCCAUUUCUUUCUCAGGCCAAGUUUUCCAUUAGCUUUCUCUCUCUACCAAUAAUGAAAACUCACAAAACCCACCCUCUUAUCCUCCCUCUCUCUCUCUAGCACCUCAACACAGAGGCCGGAAAAUGUAUGGUGGAGCUCAAACCCAACGGGAGGUCCCCAUAAUAUGGGACACCCGUGACCCAUACCUGAAACCCAAACCAAUUCAUAGAAAAACCAACAUUACAGUGAAAUUCACAGAUCUCUAUGGCUUCACCGUUGAAGGCAAUGUGGAUGAUGUCAAUGUCUUGAACGAGGUCAGAGAGAGAGUGAGGCAGCAAGGAAAGGCAUGGUGGGAGCUUGAGGCCAGCAAAGGGGCUAACUGGUAUUUACAGCCCAAGAUUUCUUCUAUAUCAGAAGUUGCAGUAUCAAACCUGAAGAUCUCUGUUCUUGCUAAUACUUUAGCAUUGAAUAGGCUUAUAAGAAAGGGGAUUCCCCCUGUUCUUAGGCCAAAGGUUUGGCUUUCAGUUUCUGGAGCAGCUAAGAAGAGGUCAACUGUUCCUGAGAGUUAUUAUGAUGAUCUUAUCAAAGCAGUAGAGGGAAAGGUCACACCUGCAACUAGACAGAUUGAUCAUGAUUUACCCCGUACUUUCCCUGGUCAUCCUUGGCUAGACACGCCUGAGGGUCAUGCAUCUUUAAGACGAGUCCUUGUUGCUUACUCUUUCCGAGAUUCUGAUGUCGGAUACUGUCAAGGUUUAAAUUAUGUUGCGGCAUUGCUUCUACUCGUUAUGAAAACUGAGGAAGACGCCUUUUGGAUGCUUGCCGUGCUCUUGGAGAAUGUUUUGGUGAAUGAUUGCUAUACCGACAACUUAUCUGGGUGCCAUGUUGAGCAAAGAGUGUUCAAGGAUCUUCUUGCUAAGAAAUGUCCAAGGAUUGCUUCUCAUUUGGAGAGCAUGGACUUUGAUGUGUCCCUUGUAGCAACUGAGUGGUUCCUUUGUCUCUUCUCAAAAAGCUUGCCAUCUGAGACAACCAUGCGGGUAUGGGAUGUCCUAUUCAAUGAAGGUGCAAAGGUGCUUUUUCGUGUAGCGCUGGCGAUAUUCAAGAUGAAGGAAGAGCAGUUAUUAGUGACACAUCAGAUUGGUGAUGUGAUCAGCAUCUUGCAGAGUGCCACCCAUCAUCUUUUUGAUCCCGAUGAGCUGUUGACGGUUGCUUUUGACAAAAUUGGUUCAAUGACAACCAAUGCCAUCACUAAACAGAGGAAGAAACAAGAGCCAGCAGUCAUGGCUGAACUAGACCAGCGACUGAGGCGCCUCAAUUCACUGAAAGAAGAAAAAUAGCCUUUCCAUUGGGAGGCGAGCUUAAGUUUCGCGGCACCUCUGCCAUAUAAAGCAUUUGCUUCGAGUUCUACCCACUAGCUGAGCAAGGACACCAUAACAAGUUGAUGUUUUGCUGUUCAAAGGCAUAGAUAAAGUGCUUAGAGAAGUCACCAUGGCACCUCCUCUUUAUGGUUGGAGUUAGGGUUUGGGGGUGGUUUUUGAUAUGUAGAAUGUGUGAGAGUCUUACUUGUGGAGUUUCUGGGUGUGUGCUACAGUUUGAGAAGAAUCAGGACUGGAGUUUCGAUGGUUGAUGUAUCAUGGGGAAACCUAUGCGAGAGUCAAGGAGGCGGUGGGACUGUAAAAAAUGUGAAGUUUUUAACUGAAAAGGUGUCGGGAAAAAAGGACACAGAAUUGUGAUGUAAAUUCAGAGGUUAGCAGCUCAAUUGCUGCGAACCACAAAUAUUUAUUCUUUUGUUAACCAAGUGCCAUAUUUAAAUUACUAGGCAGGAUAAAUAGAACCGUGAGAUAUGUUAA